GAUAAAAGUGGCCGCUGAUCCCACUUGAUUUUAAGUUAAAUCAAGUUAAACGGCUUUUGGAGGCUUUGAUUGGAUAAAUUUAAUUUUGCUUUUUGGCAACUGGCUGAACUAAUAAUCUGUCUUUCCAGAGCAGCAGGGUUCUUGUUUUGGCACAGAUCACAGUUUGAAUUAGUUCUGGGCACUUUCCCAUGCAAGACAUUAAUAGCAUCAGUGCCAAAAAUCUAGAGCAUCAUAAAUUGAUAAUCUGAUAUAUCUGUUGAGAUGGUAUGAACAUAUUGCGCGAGAUAUUCUGCUAUGUCACCAAAAAUAUCAACUGAGAUUGAACCGAAAUAUUGAUGCCUAUACUUUUUCAUAUUGGCAGAUAAUUUUUUAAAAAAUAGUUCCUCAAUUAUUUUUUUAACAUAAGUGCAUGACAAGAUAGUGAUUUGUUAUUAUUUAUUUGUUUAUUUAUUUAUGGGUUCAAUUUUCAAAUGAGUUAGUAAAUUUUUAGUUGAACUGGCAAGUUGAUCAUCUUUGUUAUGUUAUAGCAACUGGAAGUUUUCAUGCUUUUAAUUAUGAUGCCUGCUGAGGAGAAUUGUUACAAUAGUUGCAAUUUGUGAUAUUUAUUUUGUUAUUUGGGCAGAUUAUUUUUACUAAUGUCUCAUUCUAAAGUGGGUGAAAAUGAGACUGUUGAAGAUUUAAGGAAUGAGGAUGAUAGAAAUGAAGAUACUGCUGAAAAUAUUUGUGACAAUUCUUCUAGAAAAAGAUCUUGGGUAUGGAAUCACUUUAUCGAGGAAAAAAAUUCUGAAGGGUCAAUAGCUAAGUGCAAAUAUUGUAAAAAAGUUUUAAGUGGGAGCACUAAAGGAGGAACGAGUCAUCUAAAACGCCAUCUUGAAAAUGUUUGCAAGAAGUAUCAAAAGAAUUCGACUAAUCAGCUGCUCUUACUACCAAGUUCAAAAGAUCCGAUAAAGUGUUUCAAAUUUAAUCAAGAAGAGAGUAGAAAAAUUCUUGCAAAAUUUAUCAUAUGUGCUGAGCUUCCAUUUCGUAUUGUUGAGCACACUGUUUUUCUGGAUUUUAUGAGAUCUCUUCAGCCAUUAUUCAAAAUUAUGGGUCGUAAGACUGUAAAACAUGAUUGUAUGGCUUUGUAUCAAGAAGAGAGGAAAAAAUUGCAUGAUGUAUUCAAGAACCUAAGUUCUCGAGUUAGUUUCACUACUGAUAUUUGGACAUCAAAUCAGAAAAUCGGUUACAUAUCUGUCACAGCACAUUAUAUUGAUUCUGACUUUACUCUGCAUAAGAAGAUUAUUAGUUUCAAGAAACUUCCAUACCCUCACACCAGCUUUGCAAUUGAAGAUGCUGUAAAAAAAUGUCUUGUUGAAUGGGAAUUGGAUUAUAAAAUAUGUGCUAUUACUUUGGAUAAUUGCAGCACAAAUGAUGCUGUAAUGAGAAGGCUCCGAGAUCACUUUUGUUAUUCAAUGUUGUUUAGUGGGGAGUACAGUCAUAUUAGAUGUUGUGCACAUAUAUUAAAUAUUAUGGUUCAGGAUGGAAUGAAAAUCAUUCAUGAAGCUAUUGAAUGUAUAAGAGAAAUUGUUAGAUAUGUCUCUGCAUCCCCAUCUCGAAUGCAAGCAUUUAAUGAAAUUCUACAGCAUAUGAGACUUCCUGCUAGAAAAGGACUCACUUUGGAUGUUCCUACAAGAUGGAAUUCUACUUAUGAAAUGUUGCAUGAUGCACUUGGUUAUAAAGAUGCUUUUAUUAGAUAUGCAACUGAGCAUUCAUGUGUAUGCCCCACCAAUGAUGAAUGGAAAAAGGCUUCUAUAAUUCUUAAAUUUUUAGAAGCCUUUCUUGAUGCCACUAAAGUAUUUUCUGGUUGUAAGUAUCCCACAUCCAAUUUAUACCUAAAAGAAGUUUGGGGAAUUAGGGCUUUAUUGAUGGAUGAAAGUAUCGAUACUGAUGAAACAGUGAAGCAAUUAACAAAUGAGAUGCUAAAGAAGUUUAACAAAUAUUGGUCUCAGUGCAAUAAUUUGUUGGUAAUUGCUUCUAUUUUGGAUCCCAGAUCAAAAUUGAUAUUUGUAGAAUUUUGUUAUCAAAAGGCAUUUGAGUUGGAGGAGUGCAAGAAAAAGAUUGAUGAUAUUCGUGCUUGUCUUUUUCAAUUGUAUCAUGAGUAUGUAGAUGCAACAAGAAUGCAUCCCUCGAUGAGUUCAAGUGAGCGAACAUCUAAUUUUGGUGGACAAGAAUAA